AUGUUGCAAGAGCUCUAUUUGUACAGAAACAAAAUCUCAGGGAAGAUUCCAACUUCUUUUGGUAACAUGUCAAAACUUAGCCUUCUUUCGUUGUAUCACAAUAUUCUAGAGGGAAGUAUACCUGGGUCUUUGGGUAACUGCAUAAAUCUACAAGGACUGGAUCUAUCAUAUAAUCGCUUUACUGGUACAAUACCAGAACAAAUUGUUGCACUUCCUUCGCUCACUAUAGAAAACCAACUCUCAGGAAACAUUCCAAGCACUCUUGGUGAUUGUCUAGUGUUGGAAUUUCUUUACAUGGAGGGUAACCAUUUUGAAGGUACUAUUCCACCAUCUUUCAAACAAUUAAGAGGCAUUCAAGAACUAGGUCUUUCAAAUAAUAAUUUUCCUGGCAAGAUUCCGAGUUUUCUAGGUGAUUUUUCUUUGAUUCAAUAUCUCAACCUUUCCUAUAAUAAGUUUGAGGGUGAAGUUCCAAGUAAAGGAGUGUUUAGCAAUAUUAGUGCAUUCUCAAUUGGGGGAAAUAACAAGCUUUGUGGAGGAAAUAAAGCGUUGCAAUUGCCUGCAUGUCCCACAAAAAGUCCAAAUAAACAGGGAAAGCAUUUCUCUAAUAGAGUACUAAUUAUUGCAAUCAGUGUUCCUGUCUGUAUCAUUUUGUUGCUAGCUUGCAUUUGUGCAACUCUGUAUUGGAAUAGAAGGCGGAAAGAGAGAACAACUUCAACCUCGUCUCUUGGGAACCAGUAUCCUAAUAUUUCUUAUGCAGAACUUCUUCAAGCAACUGAAGGAUUCUCCUCAAGAAAUUUGAUCGGUGAGGGAAGCUACGGUUCUGUGUACAAAGGGAUUCUCAAUUGUGAUGUUGCAAGAGCAAUUGCAGUCAAGGUACUCAAUCUUCAAGUACGGGGAGCCAGCAAGAGUUUCUUGGCAGAAUGUGAAGCAUUGAAGAACAUCCGACAUCGAAAUCUUGUUAAGGUAGUCACUGCUUGCUCAAGCAUAGACUUCAAAGGCAAUGAGUUCAAGGCUUUGGUCUUUGAAUACAUAUCCAAUGGGAGUCUUGAGAGCUGGCUACAUUCGUCAAGAUCAUCGAACAAUGAGGACUCCAGGAACUUGAACCUUGUUCAAAGGCUUAAUAUUGCAGUUGAUGCAGCCUCUGCAUUGGAUUAUCUUCACAACCACUGUGAAACACCUAUCAUUCACUGUGACUUGAAACUGAGCAAUGUUCUUCUUGACGAUGAUCUCUUAGCCGUGUAA